GAAGAGAUAGAAAGAUGUUGCUCACGCGUGGCAUUAACCAUCAUCCAUAUUUUGAUGAUGUUGAUGAAUAUUAUCUAGGGCUUAGUAAGGAAACAGAAUAUGAAAAAGAAGCGUCAAAUCCUCUGGAGAAGGAAUUCGGGGGUCCAUCCAAGCUGGUUACCGGUGCCGAAAGAUAUCAGCUUUUGAAGACCCUGACCAGUAGGGUUUUCGUACCCAAGAAAAUAAGAGGAAGUGGAAGACUAGGGUUUACAUCCAUGAAAACCCAAUGUCCUGAUCAAAAAGCCGAGAGCACUACUAUCAGCAUUGAUGAAUUUGUAAACCCACUCGGAACUAUUCUUGUACCAAAGAAAAGAAGGGCAAGUAGACCCAAGCUUGUCAGGAAAAACAAUCACUGCAUCAGAUUCGAUCAAGAAGAUCAAUAUCUUCUUUUGAGAACGGAGAUCAAAAGUAGCCAGGAGAAAAAGACAGCAGGCAGAAAACGAGUCUUGAAAAGCCAAGGGAUCGAUGUCGUAGAUGAUCUUCGAAAGAGAUCAUCAAAGAAGAUGAAGAAGAUGGGAAAGAGGGUGGAUUUCAAGAAGCUGGGUUUGUAUCCACCACCCGAUUUCUCUUCUCAAAUAAAAUCCGCGAUAAGUUAUCAAGAAGGCCGUGACAGUGAAAUCAAGUUAAGGAUAAUGAAACAAAUCUUCAAGACUGACAUGGACAAGCACCAGGAACGCUUCUCAAUGCCUUUGAAUCAGAUUAAGGACGGCCAUGAGUUUCUGAAUAAAAUGGAGAUGGAGGAGGUGUGCCAAAGCGAGAGUAAGAGCACAGAAGUGAAGCUAGUGGAACUGGGUCUUGAAGGUGGUAACGUUCAUCAAAGCACAAUGAGGCUGAGGAGGUGGCAGAUGAAUAACACCGUUUCCUAUGUGUUAACCUCCAAUUGGAAUGAUGUUUUGGAUAGGAAUGCGGGAGCGCUAAAGGUGGAUGAUAUUGUCCAAGUCUAUUCUUUCAGGCGUGAUCAGAAGCUAUGCCUUGUGCUCGUCAAGGUUAUGGAUGCAGAUGAUCAAAGCCGGCAAUGGCCGAGGGAACAGUGAGGAAGGUGCAUACUGGAAGUGCAAGUCAAGCCAUUGUGGACUCUGCUCACCAUCAGUCGUCAUAGAGUAGAUCACAAGGACAUUAAUUCUAUGUUGAAGCAGAUUAAGUAAUUAGGUUCUUGUCUCUUUUAACUAGCAUGUAUUAAUAAUUUCCACUCUAUAUAUAUUAAAUAAGAAAUUAAGCAAUUAUUCUAUUA